UGCGUGCUCUGCCGCUUUGCGGGGGAAGCUUGGAGAGCUACUAUGCUAUCUACUUAGUACCUAACUUGGGAGGUCAUUCAUUGAAUUAAUACUGAUAAGUAUAUAUGAGGUAGCAUCCGCCGAAGAGGAAGACGACCUAUUCCCAGAUAGACAAGUAUAAAAUACCAAGACUCGCCUCCAUCCCAUCGACUCACAAUUCCUUAUCGAAGCAUAUCAGCUUACUACACACAACAACACGAAUCAUAACCUGAGUACCUACACAAUGGCUUCUCCUGACGUCCAGCUUCCCAGAGCCGCGCCGACCUUGGCGGCCGGACUGUCGACGGCAUCUACAAGCCAACCGAAAAUUGACGUUGAUACGAUCCUCAACUAUCACAAAGAUAACGAGGACGGCUCUCCUCCCCAGCCAACAUACACCGACAGGCCUAGCACAUACGAACGUCCCGUUGAUAGUCACCCUGCUCAUAUCACCGACAUCCGAGGCCACGAGUCCGAGUACACGCUCGACGGGAACGGAUUCCAAUAUGUCCCGCACGUGGCACAGGAGACUGAAUUCUUAGACGACGAACAUAUCAAGGCUGUGUAUUACCCGGAGACCGAGCAGCUGCUUAAGGAUGUAACCGGCGCGUCGAAGAUUUUCAUCUUCGACCACACCAUCCGCCGCCAGCCGGCCGAUGAGCGAACCGUGGACCGCGCAGCCCUACGUGGUCCCGUUCAACGAGUUCACAUCGACCAAACGUACGCCGCAUCCCUGUCGCGAGUGCCGCAUCAUCUCCCAGCUGAGGAAGCAUCCGAGCUGCUUAAAGGCCGCGUCCAGAUCAUCAAUGUCUGGAGGCCCAUCAAGACCGUUCUCCGAGACCCCCUCGCCAUCGCAGAAGCCUCCUCCGUUAGCGAAUCCGACCUCGUACCGAUCGCGCUAAUCUACCCGAACCGCAAGGGCGAGACAUUCGGGGUGCGAUACUCACCGGCGCACCGAUGGUACUACAAGAGCAAGCUGACGCCGCAGGAGGUGUUGCUGAUCAAGUGCUUCGACUCGAAGACGGACGGGCGCGCGCGCCGGGUCCCGCACACGGCCUUCUCGGACCCGCGCACUAAGGACGAUGUGCCUAAGAGGGAGAGCAUCGAGGUUCGCGCUUUGGUGUUCCAUCCUGAUGAUCGCGAUUAAGUGGUACGUACCGCGAUGAGGGAAUC